GGUGCCGGCAGCGGCUCCCGGUGUCGCGGCGGAAGUGACGCGAUCGCGCCGUGAAAGGGCGGGGCGCGGCCGCAGCUCCCUCUUCCGGCCUGGGCGCCAUCGCGGCGGAGCCUCGAGAUGGGGAAGUUCAUGAAACCGGGGAAGGUGGUGCUGGUGCUGGCCGGCCGCUACUCGGGGCGCAAGGCCGUCAUCGUCAAGAACAUCGACGAUGGCACCUCGGACCGCCCGUACAGCCACGCUUUGGUGGCCGGCAUCGACCGCUACCCGCGUAAGGUGACGGCUGCCAUGGGCAAGAAGAAGAUCGCGAAGAGGUCCAAGAUCAAGUCCUUCGUGAAGGUUUACAACUACAACCAUCUGAUGCCCACCCGGUAUUCUGUGGAUAUUCCCCUGGACAAAACAGUGGUCAAUAAGGACGUGUUCAGGGACCCCGCUCUGAAACGCAAAGCGAGACGCGAAGCCAAGGUGAAAUUUGAGGAAAGGUACAAAACCGGCAAGAACAAGUGGUUCUUCCAGAAGCUGCGAUUCUAGGGGUGUAACAAGGUUGCAUCAAUAAAUGUUUAUUAAAAAACAUGUUGUUUUGUUAUUCAAAAAAAAAAAAAAAAGCAGUGGUCUU